ACCGCUGGAGCUCGUGUUGCGGUCAGGGCCAUCUUUGGUUGUUCUCGCCGGUCGCACCACAGUCAGUGAUCAAUUGUGAUACGUAUCAAAUUAUUUGAGCGGUAAUUGUGUGCAAAGAGCUGGUUUUUGCCGCUUAUAGGACAACAGACUGAUUCUGCAUAAAUAUUUUGUUGCAUCAACACCGUUUCGCAGAUUUUUUUGCAGCGGAAAUUUGGCUAAAGACGGGAGAUCCACUGUAAUACAACAUGGAUGAGGAAUAUGAUGUUAUCGUAUUGGGCACCGGACUCACAGAAUGUAUUCUCUCUGGGAUCAUGUCUGUGAAUGGGAAGAAAGUUUUGCAUAUGGACAGAAAUCCAUACUACGGUGGUGAAAGUUCCUCCAUCACACCCCUGGAGGAGCUCUAUAAAAGAUUUGGGAUUUCAGACAGCCCCCCAGAGUCAAUGGGCCGGGGAAGAGACUGGAACGUGGAUCUUAUUCCUAAAUUCUUAAUGGCCAAUGGUCAAUUAGUUAAGAUGCUUCUGUACACUGAAGUCACCAGAUAUCUUGACUUCAAAGUGGUUGAGGGAAGCUUCGUGUAUAAAGGAGGAAAAAUCUACAAAGUGCCCUCUACUGAGACAGAGGCACUGGCUUCAAACCUAAUGGGAAUGUUUGAGAAGAGACGUUUCCGCAAGUUCCUAGUUUUUGUGGCCAACUUUGACGAGAACGACCCCAAGACUUUUGAGGGCGUUGAUCCCAAACUUACAACAAUGGGAGAAGUGUACAAGAAGUUUGACUUAGGACAGGACGUCAUCGACUUCACGGGACAUGCCCUGGCCCUCUACAGGACAGACGACUACCUUGAGCAGCCUUGUCUGGAGACCAUCAAUAGGAUCAAGCUCUACAGCGAGUCUUUGGCGCGCUACGGGAAGAGCCCAUACCUGUACCCUCUGUAUGGACUGGGGGAGUUGCCUCAAGGAUUUGCUAGGUUAAGUGCAAUUUAUGGAGGAACCUACAUGCUGAACAAACCAGUGGAUGAGAUAGUGAUGGAGGGAGGACACGUGGUGGGCGUGAAAUCGGAGGGAGAGGUUGCCCGCUGCAAGCAGCUCAUCUGUGACCCUAGCUACAUCCCGGACCGCGUGCACAAAGUCGGUCAGGUGAUCCGGGUCAUCUGCGUCCUCAGCCAUCCCAUUAAAAACACUAAUGAUGCCAAUUCCUGCCAGAUCAUCAUCCCUCAGAACCAGGUUAACCGCAAAUCAGAUAUCUAUGUUUGCAUGAUCUCCUACGCCCAUAAUGUGGCGGCUCAGGGGAAGUACAUCGCCAUUGCAAGCACCACUGUGGAAACCUCUGAUCCUGAAGCUGAAAUCGAACCUGCUCUGGAACUCCUCGAGCCUAUUGACCAAAAGUUUGUGGCCAUCAGUGACAUGUAUGAACCCACAGAUGACGGUACAGAGAGCCAGGUUUUUGCAUCACGGUCCUACGAUGCCACCACUCAUUUCGAAACAACUUGUAACGACAUCAAGGACAUCUACAAGCGCAUGACAGGCAGUGACUUCGACUUUGAGAACAUGAAGCGUAAACAGAACGACGUCUUCGGCGAGGACGAGCAGUGAGGGGUGGAGAAGUGACGGAGGAGUGGAGAGGCAAUGAUCAGAAGGAGGGCGAGAGAUGAGGCGGGCUGAACGACAUUUACCACACUGGGUUCAGAGGUUACGCAGAAUCGACAACGCCGUAAAUCUCUUUCAACCGGCCUUAUCUUUCCCAGCGUGCUCUUUGCUCAUUGUCUCCACACCCCUCCGGUGUCUCUGUUCAGAUACUUACAGUUCAGCACACAGACACACAAACGCUCUGUCGCUCACAUUCCACAACUCUGCACUACAAAGUGGGCUCACACCAACAUGCUAUUUUAGAUUCCUACACAAGCAGUAUGCAUUGUUUGCGCAAAAUAUCCUGUUGAAGUGAAACACGCGUCUUUCCGUUCUAUGAAUAUCGUCUUUUGACUGAAGCCCAUACAUGUGAACAAUUCCUCGAAUAUUGAAGGAGAUUUAAAACAUUUCUCAACUUUCGUGAAGUGUCCCCAACUGUCCCAGACUGUUAGUUUAGCAUACUAUCGUCACUUUGACAUUUAACAGCUUCAUGUGAACAGCAGCCUUCCUGUACUUUAGGAAAGUGUCACAAAAACAUAUUAAACACUCUCCGUUAAACACUACAGUUUGACACCUGGAAAAAGGAUGUAAUAUGAUACUGAUAAUAUUUAAAAUACAAAACAUUUGACACUUUGACACUCUCAUAGUCUCAUAUCAUUGCAUUUCCUACUCUGCUCUAGCACUCACUGGUCUUUAAAGUUAUUUAAUUCUUUUCUAUUAUUAUUAUUAUUAUUGGUGGAUUUUUUUUUUUUGACAACUAAAUUGAAUGAGAUGUAUAAUAUGCAGUAUAGAAGUGAACUGUAAGCCAUUAACUUGUAACUAACAUCACAAUCUUUGUGCUAACCUAAAAACAUCACGAUUUCUAAUGACCUUAUUCUACGUUCCUCACGCUCCUGCUAUCAUUCAUUUCAUUUGUAGUGAAACUGACACGUACAGCUGUUAUCGAAUGCGAAUGCAAAAAUGCAUAACGAGUAGAUCGCCUAGUCUGUUAUGGGAAAUGAGUCUUAAUAGGAAUGUGGAAGCAAUUUUCACUCCCACAGCUGCAGAAGUAAACGAUAAUGUGAAUUUAAUGAGUGUCCGAUCCUUUGGUAUUUGAUAGUAGCCAUAUCCGUUGGUGUUCUGGCUUUGUAAACCAGACUACAGUCUACUAAAUACAUACAUGCUCUAACUCUGAAUUGUGAUGAACACUAUGCCUCUCCCCAUGUACUGUAAAGAUUCUCACUGCAUCAUGCAAUCAAACUUCAUCUUUGAUUUCUAUUUUAUCUGUGAUUGACACAUGUAGUCUCUGCAUUUACACAAGACUAACUUAGUAUUGAACAAUGACUGGUCAUGUUCACCAUUGCUUCUGUUUCUAAUCAUGCUUGUUUGUUUUCAAACGAUUUGAAUCGCCAUCACUAGUUAUAGUAGACGCUAGUCUGGAGCAGAUGAUAACGGUGUGCUGUUUGAACUCACUGUACAGCUUUCAGUGUAGAAUAUACAAGCAUUGUCAUGUUUUCCAUACUCGCCUUUGCUGAGAAACAAGCCUUUGACUGUAGUUUUUUCCUCCCCCCCGCCCUGUUUAUUAUGAAUGGAAAACAAGUGUGAGUUUCAUUACAUUCUUGAAUUUUAUUGGGCCAAAGUCACUUAUGGCCUUAUAGAUUCACAUAGAAGCGUACAGGUCUUGAAUUCUCUUCCUUAGUGCACAGAUUAGAUUGUGAAUUAAUGAUAACUGGAAUCAAAUAGAAUUACGCUGCAUUGCUAUGUUUGUUAUCUUUUGCACCUCUCCAGCAUAUUGUCGCAUAUGUUUGGAUUAACUGUUUUGUACUGUAUUUAUUUUCAUUUUGUCCUUCAUUUUCAAUGUUGAAACAACUAAACAACUUUAAAAAAACUGACACACAAACUCGACAAUUUUAAGUUGUGAAUUUCAUCUCGUGUUUGAGCAGUCUUGUGCAACAAAAAUAAAUAUGAAUAAAAUGAAACUCAAUCUUU